AUGCGACGCACCCCCUGCGCACGCGCCCGCCUCCUCGCCCGCAGGGCCGUCCACGACCGCCACCCGGCGUGGGACGGCUUUGACAAGGCUGCCAUGUACAAGCAGCUGGAAGCCAUAGAGAAGGACGCCGCCGAGGCGCGCGCCCGCAAGGCCGCCGACCGCGCGGCAGCCGAAAAGGCGGCCGCGGGCGCCGCCGCCGCCGCCGGCGCGCGCCACGCCUGA